AUGGAAGAGAGAGAGACAGAGAGGCCCGACAUGAGUCAUCAGUGUCGUGGCCGUAAUCUUUGUGGAAUCGACAUAUUCUUGCAUGAGGAGCCGACAGGGGUGUGUAUUGAGUCGGCCUCCAUCCUCUGUAUCGUCCUUCACCCUUGUCAGCUCGUGGUGAUCCCCCUCUUUCCCCUGUCGACUGGCUUUUCUUCUCCUUCUUAUCGUCUCGACUGUCAGUUUGGGUUCGAAUGGAGGAUUCCUCUUCAUCUAUCCUUCUGUUCUGUUGUACAUUCGACUGGGCUUGUUGCUCGCCACGCGGCUGCUGCUCGACUCGAGGGGGGUACUCGACUCGAGGCUGCUGUUCUACCGGCGCUAUCUUCUUCAUCUGGGCCGCCACGGCUUCAGCAAUCAUCUUUUGCAUCUCACUCCUCGUCAUUGUCAGAGUCUGUUCCUCGACGCGGGGUUGUGUCUGUUCCGGAACCCCUGUAUCUGUUUUCCCUCGCGUCGAGAGACCUCCGUUGGCUCCUUCUCCCUAUCUGGGUUAGGGUUUUGACUUGUUCCUGCCUGGGUCAACACUUCUUCACGCCGGUUGGAGUCACAGGCGUUUCUCCGCCCAACGUCAGUCCUGGUGGUGGAAGUCCUCCGCCAGGUGGCAUUCCCAUCAUCUGCAUUACGGGAUGUUUGGUGGUGGAGAGCGGCGGUGGCCUCUUAUCCAUCCACGUCCCUCUAAACUCCUCGCUCAAGUUCCUCUGCAAGCCUUCCUUCUCCGCCAUCAGCAAACAGAUCGGAGCUGGGUGUGAAGCUCUUCCUUCCUUUAAGAGCUCCCCACAGACGGCGCCAAAUGAUGAGUCUACUUCCAGAUCUGAAGUAAACCGGUGGUUAUGA